AUGAGAAAUCAGUUUGAAAUGGAUGAAAGAGCACCAUUAAAAAGAAUGCUUUGUCUAGUGAGACCGUUUCGUCUGAGGAGCAUUGCUGGCGCGUGCGGUUGCACUUUCCCACCUUAUAAAGCAGCCUUAAUUCUCCGGACUAUAUCAAGAAAAACGGCACAAACGGCAAACGGCACUUACAAACGUACAACAUACAAACGCUCCAAACACUAUGAAAUCCUAGCAAAUAACCCAUGCUGCGAGCGGUUGCACAUCUCAGCCUUCGAAGACUUGGAUUCGAAAGUCGGACUCGAUCAACUCGGAGCCGCCGCUCUCUGUCCAUCUCCAUUAUGCACUGCAUCCCUCGUCGGGUACUGGUAUUGCAUAAAGGAACUGCAAGCUGUAGAAGAUCUUACCACCGUGAACGUCAAGUUCGUACAAACUGCUAUGUGUCUUGUCAAGCAACUCUGGCAUGAAAUGUCAGACAGCAUGUUUACGUUAAAAGCACAUAAUCUAUUUGACCAUUGCGUUCUCGAAGAAGUUGAACUAUACGGCAGUCCUUAUGUAUGGAGCGCAGCCCCAUUCGAAUUUAUUCACCGCAUUCUGCAAGUUCCGCAUAAUCAGUAUGUAUCGUACUCCAAUGACAGAAUUCUUAAUAGAUUCCCCCUGAAGGUGCAACUGGCGGCCGGCUAUUAUGUAGCCGACAACAGCGAAGUGGCCAUAAACACUUUAACAGAAGACCAUCGGAUGAUGUUCUACCAACACCAUAGAGGGAUGAGCAGUGUUAAAUUGUAUUCACGUGUUGUCGUAAAUGGAAAGGUUUUUGCUCGAAUAGACUGGCAGAGAGUGUGCGAUACGGAUACUUCUUCUUUUUGCAUAAGAGCUACGGAAGAUGGCGUUACACAGAUCUACUCAUACGGGAAACUAGUCUUGAUUAGUUUUCAUGAAUCUCCAGGCAACGAGAAUAUUGCUGGCGCUGCAACUUGGCAACCAUCAACAUCCAGACUAAAGUCUCCGCCUACAUACGCCGAAUUGCGCCCUUUUAGACCUCAAAAUCAGGAUUAUGCAGAGGAUGAGACGUCUGAGAUCCCGGCUUUAUCAAGUUCGUAUGCAGGGGAAGUAUCGGGAAUCCUAUCGCCGGAGACGAGCAUGUCAUCGCAUUACACGACAAGUCUGAAGUGUUCUGAUAACGCGUUUUGGCUGAGCUUAGCCGAUUGUGAAGAGGAGCGAGAACGCGAAUUCAAACGUCUUCUGAAAGCCAAACUUAACUGGGUCCGAAUAUCGAAAUCGUGCAUAGCAAAAGCACUAGAGGAUGUUCGUGGCUAUUGCAUGUGUGAAGGACGCUUGGUCCCUGAAGUGAAUGGUGAUGAGGAUGGUCUGCGAUGGGCUGAUAAGAAAGCAAUGACACCUGAAGCGUGGAGACAACUGACACUGAGGGAGGCGGCGCGAUUGAUUGAUUGA